GUCAAACUCGUCGAGUUCAACUCUGCCGAGGUUUAGCCAUCCUGCGCCUUUGCCCGCCUUUUUUGUUCAACAGGCAGGAAUCUUGACCUGAAGAAGAGCACAUCUUGCAGUGACGAUUAAUUUCCAGGCAGUUGUUGACUCGCUAUCGAGUCUCAACACGUAAACAUGACCGACCUUCCGCAAGCCCACAAAAGAAAACGAUCCCAAUCUCCUCCACCAUGGCGACGGCGUGACGACAACAGACAAUAUCGAGACCGGGAUGGUCCAGGGAGGCGAGACCAUGGCCAGCCUCAGCGAUGGUCUCACAAGGACCAAAUGAGAAUCAACCAGAUGCAGGAAGAUGAGCGCAUGAGAGAGUGGGUUGCGCAAGAGGAUGACUUCGUUCUCAAGCAGGCUAAGAAGAAGGCAGACAUCCGCGUCAAGGAAGGGCGAGCGAAACCCAUCGACUGGUUGGCAGUAACCCUCCGUGUGGUCGACCCUACCCGAAACCCAUUGGAUGAUGAGGUCGACGAGAAAGAUCUGGAUUUUGUAGACCCGGACUCCGUGUUUGACGGGCUCUCUGAAAGCCAGCUUUCUGACCUGCGCAAGGAUAUUGAGACCUACAUGAAUCUGGAGACAAACAGGAAAAACAGGGACUAUUGGCAGACCAUGCAGAUCAUUUGCAAGGACAGGCAGAAGAAGCUACGUGCGUCAGGUCCAGAAGGAAGGGCAAUGAGCUCUGUGGCGUCGGACAUUGACAAGCUAUUGAGUCCUAAGUCGUACGAGCAGCUGGAGGCAUUGGAAGGACAGAUCAGAACCAAGCUGGAUUCUGACGAGCCUAUAGACACGGAUUACUGGCAACAGUUGCUGGACAGCUUGCUUGUUUGGAAGGCAAAAGCGAAACUCAAGAAGGUCUGCCAGGAUGUUCUCGAGUCGCGGCUGAAGAACCUGAGACAAGAGAAUGAGCAGAAAGCAGCCUCAGCACAACAACAACUUCGGAAUGCUGGAAUCGAGCCCGCAGCUCCCGUCCAGUAUUCGAAAGAACUGGAUCCAGAUCCGUUGCUGGAGAUUCCGACCAAAGACAAAACCCUGGAAGUCCAGGAUGAGAGUACAUUCCUACAGAAUGUGGCAGCAAGCAGAAGGAAAGUCGUACACAUGGGCUAUGUCCCAGCGCCGAAAACAGGUGCCGCUGCGGCCUCCGCAAGCUCGGCCUCAAUACAGCCUCGUCCAGCCGCGCAACAAUCGAAACCCGUCGAUCCCACCAGCCGAUUCGACCACUCGACAGACGACCUGUCCUCCACAACAAAGGCCCUUUUCGACCGCGAAGUCGCCAAAGGCGUCAGUGAGAACGAAGAGAUCUUUGCUGGUGAAGAGGAGACCUCGUCCGAAUCCCAGCCGCUCUGGAUGCAGCAAUAUGGCGGCAAAUACCGUCCGCGGAAACCGAAAUACUUCAACCGCGUCCAGAUGGGCUACGAAUGGAACAAGUACAACCAAACCCACUACGACCACGACAACCCUCCGCCGAAGGUGGUCCAGGGUUACAAAUUUCACAUCUUCUAUCCCGAUCUCAUCGACCCAACGAAAGCACCCACGUAUAAGAUCAUCCGUGAAGGAGGAAGAAAGAAGGGCCAAACGAUGGCUCCAGCGGGCGAAGAAGACACUUGCAUCAUCAGGUUUAUGAGCGGGCCGCCAUACGAGGAUAUUGCGUUUAGGAUUGUGGACCGAGAUUGGGAUUACAGCGCGAAGCAUGACCGGGGGUUCAAGAGCACAUUCGAAAAGGGGGUAUUGACGCUGCAUUUCACCUUUAAGCGGGUGGUGUACCGGAAGUAAGGAAACAUGAUCUUGCGUCAGCAGAGAUAUGCACGGACAGACACCUGGCUCAGGACAGGGCUGACUGAGGCUGAUGAGGCUGAGGACUGGCCGAGUGCCUUAUGUGAGGGCCUCAAACGCAAUGCUGAUACCAUCCUCCUUUUCGCACGCGAAGAAGGACGUUGUGUACAGAGUACUGCUCCCAUAUAUUCGGCGCCCGACCGACGAACACAGAAAAGCGUGUUGUGAUCUGAUUAAUUAAUCAAUCAAUCAAAGAGUACCUGAC